CCAUCAAGUGACACAACCAACAUAGUUCAAACACAAGCACACGUACCAAAAAGCCACUAGAGAGAAUGGCAAACACUACCCGCCGCAAGAAACUGGUGGAGGACAUCGGGGGUUGGAUCAAGGUCUACGACGACGGCACCGUCGAGCGGUCUCCACCUCCCCCGGAGGCAAGCCAGCUAGCAACCGCCAUUGCGCCGUACGACGUGCCGCGCGACGGCGUGACGGUGCACGACAUCCCGUCCAACCCGCCGCUCCGUCUCUACCUCCCGGAGGCAGCUCGUCCGGCCGGUCGCCGUCUUCCGGUCCUCCUCCACUUCCACGCCGGCGUGUUCUGCCUGAGCGACCCUACCUGGUCGCUCUACCAUGGCUUCUACGCCCGUCUCGCCGCCUCCAUCCCCAUCGCCGGCAUCGUGUCCAUCACCCUCCCGCUUGCUCCGGAGCACCCGCUCCCGGCGGCCAUAGACGCCGGCUUUGCCGCCAUUGACUGGCUGAACUCGCUCGCUCAGCCCGGGCUGCUACCUGAGCCGGCGGGCAGGCUCAAGGCCGUGGCCGACCUGUCGCGCGUGUUCCUAAUAGGUGACAGCAAUGGAGCCAACCUGGUGCACCAUGUCGCCGCCGGGUUCACCUCGGCGGAGCGGGGCCAGGUCCGGCUCGCCGGAGCCAUCCUGCUCAACCCGGGCUUCUCCCGGUCCACUCCGAGCCGGUCCGAGUCGGCCGAGGUGCAGGUGGACCCGUACAUGGACUACAAGAUGGUGGACAGGUUCCUGGCGCUGGCGCUCCCCAAGGGCGCCACCCGAGACCACCCCUACAUCUGGCCCGUGGGGGACGACGCGGCGGCGGCGGCGCUGGCCGUGCCGCCGCUCCUGGUGAGCGUCGCGACCUUGGACACGAUGCGUGACCGGCAGGUGGAGUACUGCAACGUGAUGCGGCGCGGCGGGAAGGACGUGGAGGUGGCGCAGAGCCCCGGCGUCGGCCACAUGUUCUACCUGAACCAGGGUGCGCCCGGGCCAGCCGACGGGGAGGCGGCGGCGCGCGUCGCCGAGCUCAUAGAGGCCAUCGGGGGCUUCGUCGGCAGGCGCCACGGGUGUGUCGCUCGGAUGUAAGUGCAAGUGCAAGUGUGUGUUGUGUCAUCGGUGUGCGUUGCUGUUCUUAAUCAUAUGCAUCUUGUGUGCGUCUCUCAUGGCAAUGGAUUUCGUGAGUUGCGAGUGGUUUUUUCAUUGUUUUGUUUGAAGGGAAUGUAAUGAUUCAUUUUUUCUUUUCAAAGUAUUUUCUUUUCAAAGCUGAAAUUAAGGUUUUAUUUAACCAGAAUGAAAUGAUUGUUGGGCUAUGUGGUGUCAUGGCCACCUAUUUCUCUUUUCUUCUUGUCUUUUUUGUUUUUGUUUUUUUUUUUCUUAAACACAAUACAAACACAGACGGAAAAACAGAGUCAUCAUCUGGAAGUGACCAUGGUUAUAUGUCAUAAAAAAUAUAUUAUUGAUUUUUUAAAAUGUACAUCCAGUGACAUGCUUCCUCCAUCCGAAAAUACUUAUCAUAUAAAUUAAUAAAUGUAUCUAAGAUUGAAAUACAUCUAGAUAUAUCCAUUUUUAUGAUAAGUAUUUUUAAACGAAGGGAGUACUUUUUAUGACAUAUGACUCAUAUUUUAUUGAUAAAAUUAGAAGCCAAAGUUAGACAAAAAUAUGAAGUAUCCUUGUAUUAGUACUACUCCCGCUGUCCUCAUUCCUCAAAUACAUGGCAUAUAAACUGAGUGAAGAAGUCCAUAUUUUUUAAGUUUAACCAAGCAUAUAUAUAUACUAAAAUAUAAAGAUAAACAAUACCAAAUCGAUGUCAAUAUAGAUAUAUUUUAUAAUGUAU